AUGAAACUUGGUCAGAAGAUAGGCCACAAUGAUACCUUGCAUAAGUGUAAAAACGACAAGGACUCCUAUGCCCGUGACCCCCAUUGGUCGUACGGUACAUGCCCGCCGGAGGAUGAGUGUCGUAACGGUCACCACGCAUGCGAUCUUGAGACAGAGGACUGCAGUGACCUGUCUGACGGGUUCCUGUGCACCUGUAAAAAAGGCUACAUCCGAGGCGAGGACGAGGGCAGGAGCAUCUGUAACCCGGUUUGCCACCAGGCCUGCGUGCAUGGGACAUGCGUGAAACCAGACACAUGCGACUGCCAUUUUGGAUACAUCGGCAAGAACUGCUCCACCAAGUGCGAGUGUAACGGGCACAGCACGUGCCGUAGUGAGGAAGAGAAGAAUAUCUGCCUUAACUGUACAGACAAUACUCAGGGGUUGCAAUGCCAGGAGUGCAAGCCCCUGUACGUGGGGGACCCUAAAGAUGGCGGCCACUGCACUUCCUGUACAGAGUUCUGUAAUGAGCAUUCAGAUGUGUGCAUUCGUUUCAACCACUACGCCAAGAGCGCCCAGAUAAUGGGUCUUCUUGAAAGAUUCAAGGACGUGAAGUCACCAGGUUUCAUGAGCGAGUUCAUGAGGCUCCAGUCAUCAGGCCCCAGGCUGAAGAACGAGACUAUUUGCCUGAAUUGCCAGCACCACACUAAGGAUGAUCGCUGUGAGACCUGCCUGCCCGGGUACUUCAGACGUCCGGGUAUGAAACCCGAGGAGCCUUGCAUGAAGUGUAUGUGUAAUGGUCACAGUGACAUGUGCAAUGACAAGAGUGGAGAGAACUGCCAGUGUCAAAACAAUACUGACACCAAGUGCAGUGUGGAGCAGGGCAACACCGACCCGAAGUGCCACGAAAAACAGUGUGCUGAAUGCAAGGACUACUUCCUAGGCCGACCUAAGAGUGGACAUCAGUGUUACCGCACGAUGACGGUCAGCAAGGAUUACUGCUUGGACCCUAAAUCUCAGCUGGAAUGCACCAGGAACCCCUCUCCCCUCCUGCACGGGUCCACUGUAUUCUUUGUAGCGCAACCCAAAUACGUGAAUGUUGACAUACGCAUCACCAUUGAUGUUACCGAAGGAGGUGUAGACGUUUUCUUCUCCCCAUAUGAUGAUACCUUCGUGGUGCACCCUGACAGACAGACUGGUAAACACAUUGUCAGUCUGGACCCAAAUUAUCUUAAAUAUGAACAGACCAGAAGGAAGCGCUCGGACAAUUCAGAUUUGAGCAUUUCUGAACUGCAGAUUCCUGUGAUUCAAACCAUUAAAGCCGUAUCGCUGAACACUUUUGUCACUGUUCAUAGCCCUGAUGAGGUUUUGAUUAUUCGUAACCUACAAGGGAGACUGGUGAUCACUUUACCAAAUGAGAAACUGAACUUGAAAACUUCGAAGUUCUUUAUGGUUUUCCUUAGCACUGGAAAUGCUGAUAAGAAUGACACACUGGGAAACAUAUAUUUCAGGCAGGAUCAGCCCCAUAUUGAUCUCUUCGUAUUCUUUUCUGUGUUCUUUUCUUGCUUUUUCCUGUUCCUCGCUGUGUGCGUGCUACUGUGGAAGACCAAACAAGCAGUUGAUGCUCGUCGUAACCGACAGCAACGGGCUCGAGAAAUGUUACACAUGGCUUCCCGACCGUUUGCCAAGGUCCUAGUGCAUAUUGAUCACCCAAUCACACCAUUUAAUGUUUCGCCGAACUUGCGUGUGAGGCAGGUGCGAAAACCCACAGAGAAGACCCCGUUUUUAUCGAGUGACGCGCACUUGCAAUAUUCCCCACCAUUGAACGUUCGUGGAAAGUUUGAGAUCACGCCGAUAGCGAUGGAGCCUACAGAUGACUGCCUGGCAGCGGUUGGGACGAUCGUUCUACAGUUGCCUGGUGGCCCUUCCGCGCCAUCGCAUUUAUGUCUUGCUUCAGCGCUUAUUUACCAGUCUAGCGCACCUGGAAAGCAUAGACGAAUGCACAAUGUGUGACACUUGUGAAGUGUUUUUUUUUGUGGCAUUUUAUUCAUAAGCAUUUGUUGUUGCUUUAUUGGACUUUUUAUACCUCAAAAUAAUGUGUUGAUUUGCAUUAUUUGUUUAAUAUUCAUAUGUGUGAAAUUGUUUCUAUUUCAAUGUUAUGUUUUUUUAUGGUGAAAAUCUGAAUAUUUUAUUGUUUUAUGAACAGAAAAAUCUUUUAAAUAAAAAACGUUUUAAGCUUAGUUCAUAGAAAGAUAACAUUCUAAUUAGAAGCUUCUUUUAUUCAUAAAGGUUAAUAAUCAUGUUGAAAGGUAUGAUUUAUUAUAUGUCUUUAAUGCUCUAUAUCAUGUUAUGAUUUAUGUAUUUUUUAUGUGUCAGUAUUGCAUAAUACAGGUAUAUUUUAUCCAAAUAACCAGAUGUAUGCCUGUGUUUCACAACAUAUAAGCUGCCAAGAAAUUGUGUGUUUUUGCAGCAGGAUUCCUAUAAAUAUUCAUUAAGUUUUUAGCUCACCUGUCACGAAGUGACAUGGUGAGCUUAUGUGACCGUGUGAUGUCCGACGUCCGUAUGUGCGUGGGUGCGUGUGUCCGUCAACAAUUUGUUUGUGUAGACAGUAGAGGUCACAGUUUUCAUCCAAUCUUGAUGAAAUCUGGGUUGGGAUUGUAUUUGGGUCAUCUGGGGUCAAAAACUAGGUCACUAGGU